CGUUACCAUCACUGAUUACCAUUAUUGUUCGAAAUUUUAUUUGUUGUUUUGUCAAAAGCAAUGACAGACAACUUAAUUCGCGAAUUUUCGAAUUGAAAAAUCGAACAGCUAAAAACGGCAAAGAAAGAAGAAGACCGGAAAAAAUAAUACGACGUGAAAGAAACAAAAGAAGUAGCAACAAAAAACGCCCUAUAAGUAAAAUUAACGUGCAUAAGAGAGAUCGAUAUAUUUAACACGAAUAAUAAGUGAGAACAAAAUUGAAGUUAUCUUGUGAAUGUGUGUAGAUUGCUGUGAAGAGUGAAAAAUGGCGAAUCAAUCCACCGGUGUUGUGGUUCCAAGAAAUUUCCGUUUGUUGGAAGAAUUAGAUCAAGGUCAGAAAGGUGUGGGCGAUGGUACUAUAUCAUGGGGCCUCGAAAAUGAUGAUGACAUGACUCUUACAUAUUGGAUCGGAAUGAUCAUUGGCCCUCCUCGUACACCCUUUGAAAAUAGAAUGUACUCGUUAAAGAUUGAUUGCGGUGAACGUUAUCCUGACGAACCUCCUACGAUAAAGUUUUUAACAAAAAUUAAUAUUAAUUGUAUUAAUCAAAAUGGUGUGGUUGAUUCAAGACUAGUACCCAUGUUGUCACGAUGGAAUCGUGAAUAUACUAUUAAGUCCUUGUUACAGGAGAUACGUCGAAUUAUGACUUGUAAGGAAAAUCUUAAAUUGGCGCAACCCCCAGAAGGCAGCUGUUUUUAGUUGAUCACAACCGCAAAGCAUUUACAAUGACGUCAACAACAACAAUAAUAAAAACAACUGCAACAACAAUAAAAAAGAACAACAAAAAAACUGCACUAUCAAACAGCAACCAUUUUUAUUUCAAAUAAAUAAGAAUUGCUUAAUGAUAUAAACGAAGCAACAACAACAACAGCAAACAAGAACAUCAUUAUUGCAAACAACAAAACCAAGAAAUAUUUAACAGCUUUAAAAUUAUUAAAUAAUGUUGCUGCUAAAUUAACUUUUAAACAAAUAUAUUAUGAUUUUUUUUUAUUUCGUUUUUAACAUGUUGCUGGUAAAAUGAUGAUGAUGUUAUUUAUAUAAUAUGUAUGUUCUUUUUUGGUUUAAUUUGUAUUCAAACAUGCAAACAUCAUCUAACAAAUCAAUCUCUACCUAAUGCUGCUACUUUAGAUUUACUACUUACUACUCCUUACAAAAAAAUGCACUAUAAGCGAAAAAGAAGAAAAAAAAACAAUUAAAUAGAUCUUGAAUGUUGGCUCUCUUUUAUUGAAGUCUUUUAGUCAAACAGGAGUAUUGGUGAAAUGAGAAAAAAAUAAACUUAUCAUUUUCAUUCUAAAACUAAAAUGAGGAGGAUGGAUGGUCGACGUCGUCGCUAAAAUAAAUAAGAAACGAAAAAGUCAUCAACAUUUUUAUUAUUUAAUAAAUAUUUUAAAAUUAUUAAUCUAUAUUCUAUUGUUUACAUAUUAGUGCGUUGUCAUAUUGAGCCGUCUUUUCUGUUGUUAAUUUACAACAAUUUUAACAACAGCAACAAAAUAUUUAUUACAACAUUCACUCUCACACUCACUCACACACACACACUAUAACAACAACAACAAACAUAAAAACAAAAAUCAAUCCCCAUCUAUUUUCUUUUGUAGCGUAUUUAGCUUGAGAAGUACGUGUAAUUAUUAAUUAAUUAAAAUAAUUAUCUUAAAUUAAAUAAAAAAGGAAAUAGUAAUAUAAAUAAAAGAACUUAAAAAAAACUCUAAA